AUGGAAUACAACUGUAAAGAAUUUAAGGUAGGGAAAUGUGAAGGUGAGAAGUUGGUAGAUGGAGAAACCUUGCCUUUGGUGCUCAACCCACCCGAGCCAUCCAAGAAUGGAAUCGAGUCACUACUCGAGACUCUCAAGAACAACAAGGAAUGGUUCGAUGACAUGGUCACCAAGAACAGUGCGGUCCUUGUACGUGGAUUUGACGUCAAGAAUGCAGUCGAGUUCAAUGACAUCGUCGAGGCCUUUGAUUGGGAGGACAUAAGGUACGUGGGGCCUGCCCCACGAACCCAUAUACACGGAAGGAUUUGGACUGCUAAUGAAGGCCCUCUUUCCGAAUUCAUUUACUACCAUCAUGAAAUGGUUUUGAUAAAGGAAUUUCCGAAGAAGGUGAUACUAUUCUGUGAGAUACCGCCCCCAGAGGGCGGGGAGACGCCAUUUGUGCCAAGCUUUAAGGUCACGGAACGAAUGAUAGAGGAGUUCCCAGAGUUUGUGGAAGAAGUUGAGGCCAAGGGGUUGAAGUACACAUUCACCGCUCUCAGCAAUGACAAUACUACCUCCAUGAGAGGCCGUGGCUGGCAAGAUGCGUUCGCAACUACUGACCAACAAGAAGCCGAAAAAAGGGCAAGGGCACUAGGAAUGGAUGUGGAAUGGCUAGACAACGGUGGUGUGAAGACCAUUCUAGGCCCGAGACCGCUAACUAGAGUAUUUGAGGGAAGGAAGGGGAGGCGAAUGUGGUUUAACACGCUGGUUGGAAUGUACGGGAAGGAACUCAGCUCGGCGAUGAUGGCCGAUGGAACCGAGAUACCAGAGCACAUAGUGAAGAGAUGUGAAGAAAUAAUUGAAGACGAAAGCAUCCAAUUCAAAUGGCAAAAGGGAGAUGUGUUGUUCCUUGAUAAUUAUGCUACUCUUCAUGGGAGAAGGCCAUCUCUACCUCCUAGAAAGGUCUUGGUUGCUACUUGCAAAUAG